AUGUCACAGAAGGAAGAGUCUCAGAGUAAAUCAAAGUCAUCGAAAUCAGAUGCUUCUGAAGCUGCUAACUCUAAUGCUUCUGGACCGCAAUCAAGAAUUGAAACAGAAAUAAAUUCAGAAUAUUAUGAAGAAGAGGAAGUAAAAGAAGCAGAGUCAUACGCUCAAAAGAAAAGCUUUAAACAAAAGAAACCACCGUUAUCUGAUAUGGAUUCUUCAGAUAAUAUUAUAUUUAUGAAUCAAAAGUCAGAAGAUGAUUCAGAACAUUCAAGUCCUGGAACAUCUGUCGAAGAUCCGAAAUUUAUUCCACAACCACCUUCAUUAGCUCCUUCAUCAUCUUCUUCUACAGCUCCAUCAUCGCCAAAAGAGAUUAAUCCUAAAUCAUCAUUCUCAUCAAGUGCAUCACGCCCACAUCCAAUCGCUCAAAGCGAAGAAAAAUCGGAAGUUUCAGAAUCUCAAUCAAUUUCUUUACAAAGCGUUCAUUCUAUGAAACCAAAAUCAUCCGUUAACAAGUACUCAGUACCAGAAAGCUCAUCUUCAUCAGAUAG